AUGCCGAACUUCUUCAGACAAGUGGGUUUGUUGCUAUGGAAAAAUUUCGUGAUCCAAAGAAGAAAGAUCUGCGUAUCCAUAUUUGAGAUUAUUUUGCCGGUAUUAUUUGCUGCAUUGCUGUUGGUCGUAAGAAUAGCUAUAGUCGCUACAGAAAUAGACACAUCUACGAUUUACCCUAGUAAGAAUCUGAUGUUUUCUGCAGGAGGCGGACCUAACUUACCGAUCUAUUACGCCCCCAAUACCACCCUCAUUAAUAAUGUUAUGGAUGAUUAUAUACUAGAGCUCAACAAUUCAGCUCAGUUCACCAGCAAGGGAUUUCCCUCAGAGAAAGCAUUGUUAGAUUAUUAUAUCAUUGAUGCUAAUGUUACCCUAGCUAUCGUAUUCAAUGGUGUUACAUCAUCUGAUACCACUCUACCAAAAUCAAUUCGCUACUCCUUACGACCCAAACCAGCUACUCGUAGAGACUGGAGAACAGCUGAUAAUGUACCCUUUGUUCAAAAUGGAGGACCACGAUCUGGAUUGCCUAAUUAUCUUCAAACAAAUUUCAUCUUUCACCAAGUUGCGUUAGAUUUGGCUAUUAUUAGAUCAUGGAACUCCUCAGUAAAUACUUCAGGACUGGUGUUUGAGACUCAGAAAAUGCCAUAUCCACCAUAUAUUCAAGAUCCAAUGAUUUUCAUUCUGCAAGUGAAUUUUCCACUACUCUUGUGCUUAAGUUUCAUGUUGAAUGUGGUGAUUACAACUAAAACAUUGAUCUUAGAAAAAGAAAAAAAACUCAAGGAAUCCAUGAAAUUGAUGGGUUUGAAUAAUACAGCCUACUGGACUUCAUGGUUUAUAACAGUCCUCAUAUAUUUAACAGUUGCCAUGGCGUUGUAUACUAUACUUUUGGGUGUCUCUAUUGCCCCAAAGGGACCUGUUUUGAACAAUUCGAAUCCACUGAUAUUUUUUAUAUUUCUGAUGGCUUAUGGUUUAUCCAUUAUUUCCUUUAGUUUUUUGAUGGCUGUUAUUUUUGAUAAAGCUAAUAUUGGAGCGGCAGCUGCUGGAAUUCUAUAUUUUAUGAGCUAUGUACCAUAUUUUUUCAUUAGCACAAGUUAUGAAACUAUGACUAGAAGUCAGAAACUGGCUGCCUGUUUAUUGAAUAAUCUAGGAAUGUCACUGGGAGCCUACACUAUUGGCUUAUACGAGGGAACAGGAGAAGGUGUCCAAUGGAGUAAUAUGGCUGACCCAGCAACUAUAGAUGAUAAUUUCUCUCUAUUAGAUGCUAUAUUACUAUUACUGGGAGAUACUGUGAUAUAUUUGAUAUUUGUGUGGUAUAUUGAUAAUGUAUACCCUGGAGAAUUCGGAGUGGCCAAACCAUUUUACUUCCCGUUUACUAAAUCCUACUGGUGUGGUGUAUCUAGUCAAGAUUUUACUCGAUUAGAAGCAACUAAUGAUAAUGCUAGUCACUUUGAGAAAGAACCAACUGGUGUACGAGCUGGAAUCUCCAUUACAAAUCUUAAAAAGGAAUUCAAGAUGGCUGGCAAGAGGAAACUUGCUGUUGAUGAUUUGAAUUUAAAUGUCUAUGAUGGGCAAAUUACAGUUUUAUUGGGACACAAUGGUGCAGGGAAGACUACUACAAUGUCAAUGUUGACAGGUUUUAUAUCACCUACAAGUGGUACAGCUAUAGUUAAUGGUUGUGAUGUUACUAAAGAUAUAAAUGGUGUUAGAGCUAGUUUGGGAUUAUGUCCACAGCACAAUGUGUUGUUUGAUACCAUGACAGUAGAUGAACAUCUAGAAUUUUUUUCUCUGUUGAAGGGAGGAAACAGGAAGACAUUAAAAGAAGAUGUUACAGCUAUGGCAACUGAAAUAGGUCUAGAAACCAAGAGGAAUACCAGAUCCAUGCAUUUAUCAGGAGGUCAGAAGAGGAAACUUUGUGUAGGAAUUGCCUUGAUAUCAGGGUCAAAGAUCGUAAUUUUGGACGAACCCACGUCUGGUAUGGACCCAGCAGCCAGACGUCAAACCUGGGAAAUUUUACAGCGUAACAGAUCAUCUCGUACAAUCCUGCUGACCACCCAUUUUAUGGAUGAGGCUGAUUUACUAGGUGAUAGAAUAGCUAUCAUGUCAGAGGGCCAUGUCAAAUGCUGUGGAAGCUCUCAUUUCCUCAAAAAACUUUAUGGUGCUGGAUAUCAUUUGGUUAUAGUCAAGUCUGAAGGAUGUAACGUAUCCAUGGUGACACAGGUGGUUCAGCAGCACAUUCCAGCAGCGUUUCUAGAAAGUCAGCUAAGUGCCGAGAUCUCUUACUUACUACCUAACGAAGAUUCUGAUAAGUUUGCUAAACUGUUUGCCGAAAUUGAAGAUAAGAAAGAAAAACUUGGAAUCAACCAUUUUGGAACAUCAGCUACCACCAUGGAAGAAGUGUUCUUGAAAGUUGGUGAAGGUGUUGAAGAUGAAGAUGGUGUGGCAGAUGUAGGGAACAAUGUUUUUAAGAAUCCUGGUUACAUCACUGAUAAUGGUGAUACUAAUAAUAGUAACAACCAAGUCAAUGGAGUCAAUGGAAGUUCCAACAUUGAUAUAGAUUCUGGAGAUGUCCUGUCCUUCAACAGAGGUUUUCAAAGAGUGUCUGGUUUCUCCCUAGAAAUGUCCAGAUUUUAUGGCAUGUUUGUCAAAAAGGUGAUCCACACAAUGCGAAAUAAACUAGUCACAAUAGUACAGCUUUUAGUACCAGUACUGGCAACUUGUGCAGCUCUGGCCAUUGCUGAAGUACAAACUGAUGUUGCUCAAGAACCUUCACUAUCUCUGGAUCUGUCUCCAUUCGGCAGCACAUCAAGCAUGGUGGCAGUGACAACAGCAACCUCUGGAAAUGAUGUCAUGGCUGAUAAAUAUGAAACUUUGUUUACUUCACCUCAUUCCAUUACCCGCCUGACAUCUACUCAAGCUCAAAAUGUCUCUACUUAUUUCAUUGAAAAAGGCUCAGAGUUGGGAGUGGGUGUCUACAACCGAAGAGUUCUAAUUGGAGGAGAGUUCAGCUCUGAUGGAAGUACGAACAAAGCCACGAUUCACUAUAAUGGUCAACCAUAUCAUAGUGUAGCCAUUUCCACGGAGUUCAUGAUGAACGCUCUAGCUAGAUACUUCACUAAUGACGACACAGUGAAUAUUCAGACCGAUAAUUAUCCAUUACCUAUUGAUGCAGAAGACAAUUCUGUAGCAUCCUCCUUCUCAAAUAUUUUGUUUGGAUUUCUCAUAGCUUUCUGUCUGUUAUUUGGAAUGGCAUUCUUGUCCAGCAGUUUUGUGGUCUUCCUGAUCAAAGAGCGACAAGUUGGUGCCAAACAUUUACAGAAAGUGAGUGGAGUGGGUACCUUAGUAUACUGGUUUUCUAACUUUGCCUGGGAUUUUAUAAACUAUCUUCUACCAUGCCUGUUGAUACUCAUUGUCUUUGCUGCUUUUGGAACAGAGGCCUAUAUAAGCGACUCUAAUUUAGGAUAUGUAUUCUUGUCGUUUCUGGUGUAUGGAUUAUGUAUUCUACCCUAUGGUUACUGUCUACAAUAUAUGUUUUCAACUCCUGCUACUGGAGUGGUAGUAAUGAUUAUUCUCAAUGUAUUUGCUGGUUUGGUAACACUGUUAGCUGUAUUUAUAUUGAGUAUUGAGGGAUUGGGUACUGAAGAUAUAGCAGAGAUAUUAGACUGGGUGUUUGUGGUGAUAUUUCCCCAGUAUAACUUGGGAAGGUGUUUUAUGAAUAUAUAUUCUAAUUAUAAUAAUUAUGAUAACUGUGUUAAACAGAACUACCCUGAUAUCUGUAAUUUUGUGUCAAGCCAUCCUUGCUGUUCAGAAUGUGUAUUCUGUACUAAGUUCACAAUGGAUUACUUACAAAUCGACGAACCAGGAAUAGGUAAACAUCUGAUGUUUAUGGUCAUUCAAGGACUCCUUUUCUUUGUGAUCACCUUGAUGAUUGAAGCCCAGGUGCCCCAGAAACUGUGGUACAAACUACAACCAGUCAGGUCAGAGGUAGCAGCAGCUCCGAAAUCAAGUCUCAGAAUGGCAUCCUCCAUGUCUCAUCACGAAGACAAUGAUGUAACCGACGAAAAGACACGAGUUGCCAACAUGAACUUAGACAACCCAAAAGAUUCAUUCAUCUUGAAAGAUUUAUAUAAAAGAUACGGAACCUUCGUGGCAGUGGAUCAUAUCAGUGUUGGUAUACCAGAAAGAGAAUGUUUUGGUCUGCUGGGACAAAAUGGAGCUGGUAAGACCACCACCUUUAAAAUGUUAACUGGAGAUGUCAUGGUUACGUCAGGAAAUGCUUAUCUAGAACAAAACAACAUCAAAAACAAAUUACAAAAGGUUCAAGAAAAUUUAGGUUAUUGUCCUCAGUUUGAUGCUUUGAUUGAUCAAAUGACUGGUCGAGAGACACUGUAUAUGUAUGGUAGAUUAAGGGGCGUUCCAGGAUCUCAUUUAAAGGGUGUGGUCAAUAGUUUGAUUGACAUUAUGAUGUUGAGAAAACAUGCUGACAAGAAAACAGGAGUAUACAGUGGUGGUAAUAAACGAAAGUUAAGUACAGCUUUAGCUUUGAUUGGUGAUCCUAGUUUUAUUUUACUAGAUGAACCUUCUAGUGGAGUAGAUCCUAGAGCCAGACGUCAACUCUGGAAUGUUUUAUCAAAAGUUAGAGAUAGUGGUAAAACUUUGAUUCUAACAUCUCAUAGCAUGGAAGAAUGUGAUGCUUUAUGUACAAGAAUAGCUAUAAUGGUCAAUGGUAACUUUAAAUGCCUGGGAAGUCCUCAGCAUCUCAAAAGCAAGUUUGGUCAUGGAUAUACUUUGAUUUGUCGCAUGAAAACAGAAAAUGGAUGGACAGCUGAAAUAGAGCCUUUGGUUAAAUUUAUCACUGAAAAAUUCCCUACUGCAGAGGUAUUUGAUGAUCACCAUGGUUACGCCCACUUUCAGAUUCCUGACAAUGACAUUCCAUUAGCAGGAAUCUUUGAGACAAUGGAACAGUCAAAAGAAGAAUAUAGUGUAGAAGACUAUUCCGUACACCAGACCACAUUGGAACAAGUUUUCCUAACAUUUACAGGAAAACAAAUUCCACCAAAAGAAGACAAAUCUGGAUGCUUUGGUAAUAUUAAGUGUUGUUGA